AUGACAACUCCUGCCCAUAAUGAUAUUGCCACCCCUCGGGAGGAUGUCCUUCGGCAUACGCUUGAUGGUGUGCUUCAACUAUGUGAACGCCUCACGGUUUGGGGGCAAAAGCACGCUGAUUCAGGCCUGCCUCUGACUGAACUGGUCUGCAACGAGAUCCAGAGUUUAUGUGCUACCUGCCUCCCGCUCAGGAUACAGAUUACUGGAUCUGGCUAUGUCUCAUCUGAGAGUCUUCAACAGACACUUGUACGCUGUAAGACACAGCUUUCUGAGACGUUGGACCUUCUUUCGUUCCAUAAACAUGCGGAACGUGGUGGCCAAGAGGGAGAUCUCAAUGUCUUAUACGCACGCAGGUAUAUUCUCAACCAAGACACUCAUAACAGCACGCAUCAUCUGUAUGGGAGAAAAGAGGGUUUGGUCCGCCUUGGAUUAGAGCUGAGGGAGCAUGUUGCAGCACUUGUUCAAGAUAAACCGACUGAAUCCCUGACAGCAGGGGUUGCUGUGCAACGAUUCCAACAACUCGAACCCAGACUGCGAGAUUUCUUUUCCCGAGUCCAAGAACAACUUAGCCCCCGAUAUGUUCACAAUUACACAAGCCUAGCUGAGGCACCGUACGUUCUCGACCCGAUGGAGGGAGCAUCCUCAGGCAGCUAUGGCACUGUGAGAAAGGUCAAUCAUAAGGAAAGCGGCGAGCCGCUUGCAAUGAAGACUUUUCGCGAAGUCUUCUAUCCGAAACAAAUGAAGAAAAUAUUGAGAGAGAUUGGGAUUCUAGAGGGUUGCAAUCAUAAGAACAUUGUCCGUUUUGUCCAGGCAUUCAGAACCGACGACGAAGAUGAUCAACCUGUACACUUCGUCAUGGCUCCAUGGGCGCCUUAUACAUUGUCGCGAUUUCUUCAUAGCCCCGAUGUUAAGAGGAAAGCUCGGUGUCCCUGGUUUCAGCAAAAUUCAUCUGAAUCUAACCGUUGCAUAUAUCAAAUCAUGUACGGGCUGGCCGAUGCUGUCGAUUACCUACAUAAACACCAUAUCAAGCACAAGGAUCUCAAACCUGACAAUAUUCUUUUAUACCAAGAAAAAAGUCAGCGCCCUACAGCCUUGAUUACAGACGUCGGUGUCAGCAAAAUUUACAAGCCUGGAGCCUCUACCAACUUCACUGAUAGUACUUACAUUUAUCUCGCUCCAGAGCAGCAUGCGAAGAAAGAGAGCACCUUCAAAUCAGAUGUUUGGCAGCUAGGAUGCUGCUUUGCCGAGAUUCUUGCCGUAGCCAACAAAGGGCAGUCAGGCCACGAAGAGCUUCUGGAUAGCUUCAUUCGGGAUGAUGAAAACUGCCAAUGCUCUAUUGCAUUCGAGCAACCCUCAUUCAUAACAACCUUGGGUGCAAUCUGCAAGCGAGGCAAUUCUGCGCAAAAGAAGGCCUAUGCCGUGGUCGUCGGAAUGUUGGAUUUGAAUCCUCAAGACAGGCCAAGUAUUGACGCGGUUAAGGCUGCUCUUAUGAAAUUGCCUGGGGUGAAAACCGAAGCCGCCAAUUGCUGA